UAACUCAUUUUUGUGAAUACAAGGUCUCUGAAAAAGACUUUCGUAAAGGGUUCAAAAAUUGGUGCAAGAAGUAUGGCUGUAUCUUCUCCUCAGAGGGAGAGAAAGAGAACAUGUUCAAAUGGUUCUGUGACAACCAUCCCUACGGUCGCGAGUUUUAUUAUGGCGGUGCCCCCCCUAUCUCUCGCGAUGACCUCAUAGAUCACAUUCGCAAGUUUGGAGACAGUGGAUCUCAAGAAGCAAAGGAGGACUUGUUGGAAAAGUCAAGAAGUAUUGAACUUGAUCAAGAGGAGGAAGAGGUGUUCUACUCAAAUGAGCUUCCUUGGGAUGAACUCGAUGAAUAUCAUCUAAAGAAAUGUUGUUGUUCUGGCCGUUACAAUGGCAGCGAGGUGUUCUACUCAAAUAAGCUUUCUUGGGAUGAACACAAUGAAUAUCAGGAGAAACGUUCUCGGCCUUGCUGUUACAUUGGCAGCGACCGGCUACCUGACUUUGAACGCGGCACCUUGUUUCUAUAUAACAAUGGAGACCCUAUAAUAAUAAUGAAAGACUGAAUUAAAUGAUCAUUUUCUUGUUUUUUUCUUUCAUUUUCUGUCCUAUCUUAUUUUGGUGGCUUUAAUGUUAGAGCUAUGCAGUAAGAUAAGUAAUAUGCUACAUGUGGGAUAAAAUGAUUAUUAUGGUAGUAGUGACUGAU